AUGAAAAUACGGAAUUCAUUGCCAGAGGAUAUUCUUAUAAAAAGAGCACCAACAGACUGCAGUCACACGACAAAGAAGAAAGACCCCAGAUUUAGACAAGGCUGCUAUAAACGACAGAAGUAUAUUAGGAUGGAUAGCCUAUUGUGGACUGUUGUCCUGCUAGUCAGUGUUUCCAUAGUGUUGCCUGCUGCGGGAGAUGCUGAGCUUCAGGCUGACUCCAAUGAGACGACUGCAAGCCCAUCCAACCCAGUAUUGAACUUGGCUUAUUACACCCUUGAUGACAAGUACAAUGGUUGUGUGAAAGCUCUGAAGAGGAAACUCAAGUCUCUCCUUAAGACAGAGCUAGCAAUGUCAGAAACAUAUAGAGAUACAUGGAACAAAGCCUUGGAAAAUUGGAGGAGGAUAAAGGAUUCAAAGUCAUUUCCUCAGAAUAUAACAGAAUUUGUUGAAGUGGCUAUCUUGACAUAUGCAUCAGAAAAGCCUAAAGUCUACCCAGAAUUCAAUGCUGCCACCCGAACCGCAGGAAAAGGGCCCAAAGAAUAUGAGGCCUAUCUUUUCAAAUCUCUACACUUCCUUUUAACAAUAGCAGCCAAAGAACCUCAGUUAAAGCCGCUGAAAUGCAUCAGUGUCUACAGAGGUACCGAUGUGGAAUUUUCCAUUGAGAAAACAUUCCGGUUUGGACAGUUCACCUCCACUUCAGAGAGGAAAGAAAUAGCUUAUAGGUUUGGGAAGACAACCUUCUUUAGGUUGUUCACCUGCAAGGGCUAUUCAAUAAGUGAGAUGUCCACCUAUCAAUCUGAAGAGGAAGUGUUAAUCCCUCCUUUUGAGAUAUUCCAGGUCACUUUGAUUAAAGACACUGCAAAAGGCAAGACCAUAAACGCCAACUCGGCGGGGAGCUGUAGCAAUCACAACUGUGCCUUUGUCGGGAAAGGGUGGAACGGCACUCAGGCCUGCCCAGAACACCAAGUUCCAGAGCUCUUAGCUCUUGCAAUAUUUAAGGGUAGUUUGAACCCUGAAAGAGCAGUUUUGACUCCUGCCAACACAUCUGCAGCAACACUGGAUGAACCAACAGCAAGCGUGAUCAUCCCUUUUUGCAAACUGUAG